AUGGACUUACCCGAACAGUCGUUCCAGCGUACAAGAAAGACUGCUCAGUGGAGACACGUGAACACAAAUUCUACAAGUUCCGAAGUGUCCGAAUGCAUUUCUCUACUCAAGCGUCAUCGCGCUGCUGGUCCUGACGAACUUCCAUCUGCUCUCUUCAAGGAUGGCGGUGGAUUCCUCAGUCAGUGCCUGUCUAGCCCAUUUGGGUUCAUCUGGGAGAAGGAGACCGUCCCAGACAACUGGGUGAACGAAGUUGCAACGGCUGGAACCACUGUGCUUCGGUACAUGAUUUGUAAUUGA